AUGAACAAGAAGAACGUUUUGCCUUCAGGAACAACGUCCUUGUCCUCUUCUACUACCGCACGGGCCUUACCGGGUCUCGCAGCGCCCGUGCCCAAGGUGCCCAUUGUUCCGGCGUCGCUGCCAUCCAAGGUUGUGUACGCAGGAACCCCUUCGCCCAGCCUCUCCAGCGGGCCUACCCCCGCGUCUGGCUCUGGGGCACCCACACCCGCCAUAUCUGAUGAUCUCCUGCGCAAAGUCGCAGAAGCUAAACGACGUGUUGCAGAUGCGCAGACGAAACUCGCAAUCAAAGAUAACCCGUACAUGACCCUCGCGCAGUCCGCGAAGCGCAGCAGCAAAUCGAGCACACCGCAAAUCGAGCCGACACAGCAAGGCGCCGGGCUGAAAAUGGCCGCGCACCCUCUGCUUCUAGACACAACGCCCGUGCUGCCGCAGUCCAAAAAAGACAGAUACAAGCCCAUGCAGCCCAAAUUUGCAUCAAUCAAAGCGAAUGUGCGGAACCAGCCGUCGCCCUCUCCAGCUUCGAUUGUCCCAAGUGUCGUACCGAGCCCUGCAGCUGCUGCAGGGGCGAAUCCGUACAUGGCCGGCGGGGUGGGUGUGGCGGGGGCCGCGGGUAGCGGGGGGAAGGAGGUGGGGAUGUUCGAGGGUGCGCCAAGGGAGCGGCAGGGGCGUAAGUUCCAUUUUAAUCCCAAGGGCAAAUACGUGGCGCUGGGGAACCAGAUGAGACAGGAGAAUCAGCUCGAGGCGCUUAAGCAGCGUAUUGCCGAAAGUGCACGCAAGGCGGGGUUGGAUGGGGAUAUGGGCAUCGAGAAGACUAUCAAGAGGGCUCCGCCUCCUGAUUCAGAGUGGUGGGAUGCAGCGCUGCUGCCGAGCAAGUCGUACAAUGACAUUGACACGUUUGGGCUCAACAAACUCAACAUCCGCACGCCGGACUCACCUGUGACGAUAUAUAUCCAGCAUCCUAUCCCCAUCCCUGCGCCGAACGAGAAGAACAAGAUUGAGCUCAAACCGAUGAUGCUUACCAAGAAGGAACAGAAGAAGAUGAGGAAGUUGAGGAGGAAACAGGAGUUGCAGGAUAAGCGGGAUAGAAUCCGUAUGGGCCUCUUGCCACCCGAUCCUCCAAAAGUACGCCUCGCCAAUCUCAUGAAAGUCCUCACAUCAGACGCAAUCCAAGACCCUACACGCGUCGAAGCGCGCGUACGCCGUGAAGUUGCGAUGCGCAAACACACACACGAAAAGACCAACGCAGAGCGCAAACUUACCCCAGACCAACGACGCGCCAAGCUCGAGACCAAAAAAGCGGACGAGGACAGACGCGGGAUAACAGGGCUUGUAUUCAAAGUGCUCACGCUCACCGACCCGGCACAUCAGUUCAAAGUGCGGAAGAACGCUGAGCAGUUGAAUCUGACGGGUGUGUGUGUGUUUGGGCCGAGUUUCAGUGUGGUUUAUGUAGAGGGUGCGGGCAAGUAUAUCAGGAAUUAUAAGCGGUUGAUGAUGCAGCGCAUCAAGUGGACCGAGGCGGCAAGGCCAAGGGGCGGUGAGGAGGAGGUUGAGCUGGAAAAUCCAGAGUCGGAGGCCGAAGAUACAGGAGAGACACCGAAAGUGAAAGCGCCAGAGUCGAGUAGUGGCGACGCGGCGAAAAACCUUGAAGACAACAAGUGCUAUCUGAUCUGGGAAGGCGCAUUGCGUGACCGCGAAUUUAGCAAUUUCAAGGCGCGCAGCUGUCCCACGGACCGUGAUGCGCGCGAGAUGCUCGGUGAUAGGAUGAAAGGGUAUUGGGAUGUUGCGAAGAAUUGGAAGCCUGAGGAUGAGGAGAUUUUCUAG